AUGCCCUUCAAACUAUUCUCUAAAAUUGCAAAUAAGGCUGGUCUAAUCGGGGUGCAUAUCAUGGUCGUCCGCCAUUCGCGAGGCCGCACUAGAAUUAUCCAAUCAAUCUGGCCGUCGGGUGACUGGAUUUACGGAAUAUUACCGGCUUGCGAAGAAUUUGAAGAAGAAUGCAAACUCCGCGAGGCUGCUGAUCUGGAGGACUGA